AAAAAAAAAAAAAUUCAUUUUUGGAGCCUGCAGUUUGGCCUACAAAAUACUCAUCUCAGUUUUUAAGGGACCAAAGUGCAAAUAAUAAAAAUAUGAUUUUCAUUGACAGAAAGAUGUUCAAAAUAUGAUCGUUAAUUGGAGAGAGGGGUCUGCCGAAUUAUUUGUCAAUGGCUCGUCAUCUAAUUGUCCUUAUUCAAUUGGAGCCUUCUCCUUCAGUCGGCCAAGAAAUCGUUAAUUCCUAGGCCCACAAAUGUCAACACUAAAAUCUGAGGCUGAUGAAACAAAUAUAAGAAGAAAAGGGGACUGCAAAUUAGACACUGGUUAUUGAGCAAUGGAAACUGAGGUGGAAAGUGUAAUGGAAUAUGGUGGUUCGCUCCCUGUUGAGAAUGUACAGCAACUAUCUUCCCACAACUCAAAAGACAUCCCACAUCGCUACGUUCGACCAGAACUCGAGAUCGAAAAAGUUUCUUUCGAUGAAUCCUCGCAGAUUCCAGUGAUUGACAUGAGCAAGCUAGAUACCGAAAUAUCUAGAGUGUAUGAUCAGGAGUUGUUGAAGCUUCAUCUUGCUUGUAAAGAAUGGGGAUUCUUUCAGGCGAGCACAUUGAACGUGGCAUUUAUAUUUACCGAGAUUGUGUAAUGCUUACUCUGAAACUCUUCGUUUAUACCGUAGUGAUAUUUUUUGUUUCUCUCUUCAUCUUUGGAUUCCUAUCUGGAGAUAUAGAACAGCAUAUAAGUUAUCAUGCUUGCAUAUCCAUCAUUUGAGUCUCCAACAAUUAUUCCAAUAAUUACAUAUCCGAUUUGACCUAUGGACGAGGGUUUCUUCAAACAACAAGGGGCUGGGUCAACUAUUCAAUCAAAUGAUAUUGAGCAUGUUAAUAAGCCAUUCUCCCUGCCCCACCAGCAGCCACUUUGUACGUUUGCUGAGCAGACCAAUCAGUCAUUUUAAAAAAGGGGCAGAGGGAAUUUCCGGUGGAGCGGUGAAAUGCUAUAUACGCUUAAUUAGAUUAGCUCGCUUCGUCUGGAAAGGUCAUACUCCCCGAAAAAGUCUUGAUUCAUAAACCGACUAUGCUUUCGUGACCUAUUCGAUUGAUU